CUGGUGGAGAGAGACCAGCGGAGCCGUCGGGUCGGGUGGUGCUCCGGUGUAUCGGCAGGAGUUACAAAGCGACCGGGCGGGUGGGAGAGAGAGGGACGGACAGGCUUGAGCGUCGGGAUUUUUUUUAGGAAAUAUGGAGAUAAAUUCUCGAAUAUCUCCUUUGUUCGCGCUCAGAGCCGUGCUCUAGCGUUCAGGACAACUUAGGUACAUUGUGUCUGUGUUCGGGAGCCCCACCGAGGCUAGCUGGGCUAGCAAGCCGACCGCCGCUGCGGGCACACGGGCAGGUACAGGAGGGCUGCUGCGGAGGGCUUGGUGACGAAGGAAGGUGGCCAAGUAACGAUGAACCGCUUCCGAAAGUGGCUGUACAAGCCCAAGAGGACGGACCCUCAGCUCCUGGCCCAAUUCUAUUACGCUGAUGAAGAGCUCAACCAGGUGGCCACUGAACUGGACAGCCUGGACGGCAGGAAAGACCCUCAGAGAUGUACCCUGCUGGUCAACCAGUUCCGAUCCUGUCAAGACAACGUGUUGAACGUUAUCAGUCAGAUCAUGGAUGAAUGUAUCCCCAACGACAGGGCCAACAGAGACUUUUGUGUCAAGUUCCCGGAGGAGAUUCGUCAUGACAACUUGGCGGGGCAACUGUGGUUUGGAGCUGAGUGUUUGGCUGCAGGCUCUAUCAUUAUGAACCGGGAGAUAGAAAGUAUAGCCAUGAGACCCCUGGCUAAAGACCUGACUCGCAGCCUGGAGGAGGUACGCAACAUCACAAGAGACCAGGCCCUGAGAGACCUUAACCUGUACACAGACCGCAUGAAGGAGGCGUUACGACAUUUUGACAGCCUUUUUGCUGAGUUUGAACUCAGCUAUGUGUCCGCCAUGGUGCCUGUGAAGUCUCCCAAAGAAUACUAUGUACAGCAGGAGGUGAUUGUGCUCUUUUGUGAGACUGUGGAGAGGGCCCUGAAGUUGGGCUAUCUCACACAAGACUUGAUCGAUGACUAUGAACCUGCACUCAUGUUUACAAUUCCCAGACUAGCCAUUGUGUGUGGGCUUGUAGUGUAUCCUGAGGGACCUCUGAACCUCGACCGGAAAGCUGAGGACAUGUCUGAUCUCUUCAGGCCUUUUCGCACUUUAUUGAAGAAAAUAAGAGAUCUCUUGCAAACUCUCACUGAAGAGGAGUUGAUGACGCUGGAGAGGAACCUGUGUAUUUCUCAGGAAGGAGAGUUGUCCACUGGCCAGGGGCUGGCCACGAACAACAUACCAGCACAAGUCCAAGAGAAUUGCUCAUCCUGCAGCCUUACAAGUGACACCUCAAAUGAGGAGGGUGAGGGGGAAGAGGAGCGAACGCCUGUGUUUGUUGUCUCCGAAAGGGAGGAGGAGUUGGCAGCAGUAGAAAAUGGCUGGGAGGAGGUGGAAACCCAAAGUGGGGAGGAGGAAAGAGAAGAGGGCCUGCUCUGUGAGGAGGCGGAGGAGGCCGAGCUGGCGUGCUCCAUGCAGUACGACGAGGAGGAGCUGGAGCAGCUCAACAUGAUGGUGUAUCGCGUGGGCGACGAAAUGUCCACUCUGCUGUCCCCACCCAGCCAGGGCCAGUCCCCGGCCCACCGUCCCGGCAGGAGAGAGCCUGGGGGCUCCAGUGGAGCUUCCAGCACUGAAGCCUCCCCGUGCAGGGUCCCGGGGAGUCAGGGAAAGACAGGCAUCUAUGUAGAGGAGGAGGACAGGGUCUUUUACAUGGAGGACCUGGACGCAGCAGGCGACAGCAUCACCGGCRUCGCAAAAGAGGCCAGGAGUCGUGUCGCCCCGUCUUCGAAAGAGUCGACGUGUUGUACGCAGCACAAGCUGGAAACACAACAGUACUCUGGUAGGAACGGUUGGUACUCCGAGACCACGUCGGAGCAGCCUUGUUCACAGCCGCGCAGCCUGAACACGCGCUGCUCUGUGGCGAAGCGGCCCCCGUGCACCCCUGCUCCGUGCUCUGAACCUCUGCCUUACAGCAACGGGUGGGAAAUGGGUUUAGAAGGGACGGCGUCGGAAACAGCCGAGGUCAUCGCCCACCGCAUGGGAGGGAUGAAGCUGUCCGCCACAGUCAUCUUCAACCCUCGCUCCCCCAGCUUGACAGAGCUGGCGGUGGACAAGCUGCUGCUGCCUCGGCCACCUCCCUCUGAGAUUGAGCCCUGCGGCCCCCUGGUGGCCACCCAUUGCCUCCUCAACUCCUGCGUCUGCUGUGGGAGCUGCGAAGAUGGUCAUGAGGACAUCACCGCCGAGACCGCAGGCCUCGAAUUAGGCCUCGGUCUKGGACUGGAAAAACCUUCUAAGACCUCAGCUCCCGGCACCGUUAUCCAGUCUGCUGCCUGCCAGCUUCCUCAGCAUACUCAUGAACCUUUCAGUAAAAGUGAGGUCGCCCAGCUGACUCCGCCUUCCACCCGCUGCUCUGCAGAGCUGCCAGAAGAGGAUUCAAAUUCCCAGCUUUGUGAAAAGUGCCUGGUGAUGUCUUCAGGGCAGGGACAUCUCUCUCAGGACACCAGCUCUGGAAGAGGGGGAGCGGUCUCCACAUGCAACCACCAGCUGAGGACUGACAGGAAGCAGCAGGCCAGUGGAGGCCGGCAGAGCGAUAAGGAGGUGGAUAACAAAACAGAAAAUAAAGAAUUCAGGCGGGACUCCAAAGAGGACAACAGGAGAAGCUGCAGUUUUCAGAACUCUCCCCUCAGCUCUGUGUCAGGUAGUGACUGUGAGAGUGUGUCGGUAACCACAUGUAGUCUUUCAAGCAGUUCAUACACUCCCAGUCCUGUUAGCAGUCUAACUCCCAGCUCCGGGAUGUCGGAAGAACUGGACCAGCAGGAGAUGAAGCUGGCUCUGCACGAUACCAAGGUGGCAGCAAGGAACAAGAUCCGAUCCCGUUUUCACAGCAGCAGCGAUCUCAUCCACCGUCUCUUUGUUUGCAUAUCAGGUGUUGCUGAUCAGCUGCAGACCAACUAUGCUAGUGACCUUCGUGGCAUCCUCAAAACUCUUUUUGAAGUCAUGGCAACCAAAUGUGAGCAAGGAGACAACGAUAAACAAAAGAAAGCAGGUCCUGUUCUGCGCAGUGCAGUGYUGGAGGACUGCGCUCUGUGUCAGGAGACCAUUUCAUCAUCAGAACUGGCAGCCAAAGCCCGGGAGGGCCAGUUCGAAGACCCUCCAGAUUGGGUCCCUGAUGAUGCCUGCAGCUCCUGCAUUGCCUGCAAGGCUCCCUUUACUGUCAUCCGCAGGAAGCAUCACUGUAGGAGCUGUGGAAAGAUUUUCUGCUCUCGCUGCUCUUCCCACUCGGCUCCCCUGCCUCGGUACGGCCAAGUUAAACCCGUCAGGGUCUGCACCCACUGCUACAUGUUUCAUGUCACGCCUUUCUACAGCGACAAGCCUACCAUCUGAACCUGCAUCAUUACCCCCAUAACACCCAGUCUGCUACAAGAGCAUAUGCAACAGACAGAAACGCAAAUGCAACACUGCUCUGGUAAUCCUUAAUGGUCAUGAUUGUACCUCCUCAGCAUGGCUUCAGAAUAAUGUCCCUGUAAAGUGAGACGAGCGCAAAGUCCAGACAAGAAAGCACAAUGUGACGAUCCAACCCRUUUAUAAGAAAUGCUAACGUGUCAGUGGACUCCAAAGUUUUUUUUUCUGUGCUCACCCAGUAUGAGUCAUUCUCAGAAGACUGAAUGUUGAGGUGCAAAGAGGGAAUGAGUUAAAAGAAGCAACUUUUUUACAGCAACUUCMUUUAGCAGUUUACGUCACCAAAUCAGAACCAGAACCCCCACCACCCCCCUCUCUGACUUUAGGUGUUGAUGAGAAGAGUUGUUAAUUUUUUUUUGCUAUGCUUUAAUGAGCUUCCCACAUCUGUGUCUGAGGACCACAAGACUCGAAUCACUUAAAAGAAUGUAAGUCAGAAUCACCGUGUAAAUGUCCCCAAUUCUGGUACWAAAACAUGUCAUGUAAGCAUUUUGAUAUUAAAAUGAAAGUUGGAAAGUAAUCUUCAGCAGGCCUCAAAUAUCAGCAAAGCAAAACWAUUUUUAUUUUUAUUAUUUGUUAAAGUUGUUAGGGUAAUUAAGGUGCAAACUUUGUGUUAUUUUGUGAGGGGAGUCCAGAUUCCAGUGCAGGUGGUUAUUACUUUACUGUUUAAACCAAUACAUGUUGUUCGCUACGAGGACUCCAGUGUAGAUGAGAUGGAUAUAAAGUAUUGUCUUUUUGAAGCUCCAGAACGGAGAGAUGACCUCUUAUCACUUACUAACCUCAUUAACACAACAAUGUGAAUAACUUGGUGUGGAGCAGAGGCCUUCUCAGGUGCAGACCUGAUGUUGACCAAUGAUUUUUCUUUUCCUCAUUAAUAUUGUGCAAUAUUAUUACUGCUAACUCACGGUUAAGAAACAGAUCCUUUGAUAUUUAGUUAUAAGCUUUCUUUCUGGAGAACAAAGUUGUGUUGGAUCAACGUCAGCCAGAAACAGAAACAGCAGCUUCUUUCUUGCUACUUUUGCAGCGAUAGCUAACAAAGUAUCUUCCGCACUUCCAAGAUAAUUCUUUCUACAUCUGGAUGCUGUAAAGUGACCAGUGUGGGUCUUAAUGAAAUGUUUUAUUUUCUUCGUUCUGCUCAGACUUGAAGCAGUCCCUCAGGCAUUAUCUGUUCACAAUCGCCUAUCUACUGUUUCAUCUUUCUGAAUUACAUAAAAACUUUCUUUGAAACGUUGCAAAAUUUCUUUUAUAAAGAACACUAAAGAGAAGAAGCUGUAAAUUACCUUUAUGUUUAAAAAAAAUUCAAGCAGUAAUAAAAUGGUAAGAAAUUCCAUUAUUAUUUCAGAGCUUGGUCUUAUUUUGUAAAACUCAAAUUCAUUUCCACAAUAAGAGCUGUGUAAUAUAUUCAACAAAUGUUAUAUAGUUUUAAAUGCGAUGUAUAUUGAAAUAAAUGAUCUUUUUUCUGUUUUGAAAAA